AGGCGUACGGCGCACCCAGCCUGCCACAUCUACGCUUUUCUCUACCAUCAUGAUCAACACGUACAACAACAGCCUGCCUUCGCCUCCACCUGUGCCGCCACGUGGGAACCGCCCGGAGCCCCGGCCGGGGACAGGCCACUCCAAGUGGCAAAUCAGGGGCCUCACCGCUCUCAUCUUUCUCCACUUUUUGGUGACUUUAGGAAUGUUCAUCUACUUCUGGAGCAACAACAGAGCAGGAGAUAUGCGAGAAGAGGCCGUAGCGAUGAAGAUGCUGCAGGAUUGUGGCAAAGACAGCUUGGGACAUCAGUCAGUGCUGGAUUGUCUGAAGAUUUCACAGACUGAAGGAGAAGGGGAAGUUCACUCCAGAGACGGCCAGUUUAGCGCACUGAGAGUCAUGGCCCACAUGAAGGCUGAGAAGCCCUCCCAGGAUUCCUCUCCACGAUCAGCAUUGAAGGAACUGCAAUGGGACCAGAAGGAAUCCAUUGUGAGGGAUGUGGUCCACCUGUAUGGACGUGGUAUGCUGCAGAUUGGUCUGUCAGGAUACUACUACAUCUACUCACAAGUUACUUUCUCAAAGACACACCCCAAAACUCCCUUGGUCCAGACUGUAAUGCACUGGAGUGGUACUUCUGGCAAGGAAGAAGGAAAUCUCCUGAUGAAAGCCUUCUGCUACAAGAGCAGUGUGGAACAGUGUACAUCUUUCCAAGGAGGGGUUUUCAAACUGGAGAGUGGACAGAAGGUUUCCGUCAACGUCACAGACAAGGACCUCGUUCAUUUCGAUGGGACUGCCACCACGUUCGGAUUAUUCCAGUUACUACAGAUGCCUUAACGGGUCUGAAAUCACUGAUUCUGUGCAACCACGUGGAUGAUACUAAUAUAGCAGGCGAUCUGAAGCUUUGCCCUGGAAGACGACCCAAAAAAAAAAUCCAGAGCUGUUAGACUGGACCUGUAGAACAUCAGUUACUAGGUCUAGAUGCAUUCCUUUAAAGUGGAGAUGCAGGAAGCAAAAAAUGUACUGACCCUUAGUGGAGUUUACUUUUGUAUUUAAGUCAUAGCACUACAGAUCAGAUUUUAUCUUUAAGACUUGAGCUGGUGUGUAUUGAUUCACGUUGCCUUUUGUUUCUUGUCACCACACCUUCCAGUGAAUGUACUGUACAGAAGAAGCUGGAACACCUAAGCUAGAAAUGAUAUUGUCUUUCAAAAAUUAUGACUACGUCAGAGGGGCUGUCCAUUUGCAGCGAGGAGGCUGCCCAUAGUAUUGCAUGACAUUUACAGGACAGGUUCUGUUAAGAUGGAGCAGUCGAUAAUGCCAAGGUGACUGUAGACAGAAAUAGCUUUCAGUUCUGACCAUUUGCAAUACCUUCAAACAAGGUAUGGCAGCAAAGAGGCACUCAGUGCCCUUUAGAAAUUUUGAUAGGUCCACAGGACACUUUACUCCAUCACAGUUUUGAGGAAAUACAGUACGUGGGUCUUUUUAAACUUAAUUUCAUUUACAACCUGACUAUUUUGUUGUCAGGGUAAUCAGUGAGGAGAGCGAGCAUUUCCAGCUCAUUUAAAAGCACUUUUUAAAGCUAAUUUUGAAGCUGUAUUUACUACACAUGAGUGCAGUUAGUAUCGAGGCCUUGAUAUAGUAUUGUAUGCAGAUUAACUCUGGGCUGCACAUAAAGCGGGCCCCCUCCCCCGAGAUGAGUUGUUUAGACGAAAUUCGAGUACAAACCACACGAACUCUAGCCCACUUGCCUAGGGAAAAAAAUCAUGACAAACUGUUAAAAGAUCCAUUUCAAAAGAAGCUUAUCUGUUCUCAGGUUCGGUCCUCUGUUUGUCUAUUGCUUAAUUUAUUGCUAUUUUACAUGCUUGUAUGUGUCAGUGAAUGUGGUCAAUAUUUAUAAACGAGGGAAUAAUUAAAAGAGUGUUUGCUAAAUGAAUGUAUUUAUAUUAAAGAAAUGUAAUUUUGUGUACAAUUAAA